GCCACUCGAGUCCGGCGGCCGAGCGGCGAGUCAGCGGCCCAUCCGGCGCCAGUCCUUGCGGGCCUGCGGAGGCGAUGGACUCGAUGGCCGUCUCUACCGACGGCGGGGACCGAGCCGGGGCCCCGACAGGCUCGGGUCUGUCGGCUUCCCAGCGUCGAGCCGAGCUGCGGCGGAGGAAGCUGCUCCUGAACUCGGAGCAGCGCAUCAACCGCAUCAUGGGCUUCCAUAGGCCCGGGGGCGGCGUGGAAGAAGAAAGUCAAAUAAACUCAAAGCCACAUGACAGUGAUAAACUCAGCUCCCUCAACAUUCCUUCAGUUUCGAAGCGGGUAGUGCUGGGUGAUUCGGUGAACACUGGCACACCCGAGCAGCAGAGCGGAGUAGCUGAGGUGAUGGCAACUGCCCUGGGAGAUCCGUUGGAUUCUUUGAUGAAGCCUCCAGAGUGCAGUAAUGAUCUCAGCCUGGAGCUCCGGCAGCGCAGCCGAAGGGACCUGACCGCAGACACCACCCAGAGGGGUUCUCGCCAUGGCCUGGAACAGUAUCUCUCCAGAUUUGAGGAAGCGAUGAAGCUGAGAAAACAGCUGAUUAGUGAAAAACCCAAUCCAGAGGAUGGAAAUGCAUCCGAAGAAUUUGACUCUUUUAGAAUAUUUAGAUUGGUGGGAUGUGUGCUGCUUGCCCUCGGAGUCAGAGCCUUUGUUUGCAAAUAUUUGUCCAUCUUUGCGCCAUUUCUUACUUUACAACUUGCCUACAUGGGACUAUACAAAUAUUUUCCCAAGGGGGAAAAGAAGAUAAAGACAACAGUACUCACAGCUGCACUUCUCUUAUCUGGAAUUCCUGCUGAAGUGAUCAAUCGUUCAAUGGAUACUUAUAGCAAAAUGGGCGAAGUUUUCACAGAUCUCUGUGUCUACUUUUUCACUUUUAUCUUUUGUCAUGAACUGCUUGAUUAUUGGGGCUCAGAAGUACCUUGAAGCCUGCAGAAGUCAGAAGAAGCUAACUGGGCAUGGAUUUGGCUCAAUGUGGAACAUUUGUCUUGCAUCUGUGAGACCCUGGGCUUCAUCCCUGGCACUGCCAAAAAUAAAGCAACAGAAGAAACCCAUUAAAAAAAAAAAAACAAUCUUUACUGACGUGUCUCUACAGGAGGCAAAUCGGUUUACACCUUCAUAUUCACACCUUUACUUAUUAGAAGUUGUAAAACUCUGUGAUUAAUAAUAAAAUGGCAGGUUCUUUGA